UUACAAAGUGUUAGUUCAUUGUGUCUAUCGACAGUUGUAAUUAUAAUUUUAGUUUAUAAUGCCGUUAGAAAAUCUUGAAGAAGAGGGUUUGGAGAAGAACCCGAAUUUAGAGUUGGCUCAAACUAAAUUUUUGUUGAGCCUGCCAGAACAUAAAGAUGAUCCUUUUUUAAAAAAUAAACUUCUAGAUGCCAUUAAAGCAGAAAACAUGGCUCCAUUUUAUGAAGAUGUAUGUAAAGAUUUGGAUUGGCCUACCGAUGAAGCCCUGUUGUCUGCAAUGAAAGCACGCAAUAUGGAACAAUUAAAAGAGCUAGAUGAUGCAAUUGAUGAUGCUGAAAAGAAUUUAGGAGAAAUGGAAGUUCGUGAAGCAAAUCUUAAAAAAUCGGAGCACCUUUGCAGAAUAGGGGACAAAGAAGGUGCUAUCUCUGCAUUUCGGAAAACUUAUGAUAAAACUGUAUCUUUGGGUCACAGAUUAGACAUUGUAUUUCAUAAUAUUAGGAUUGGAUUAUUCUAUUUGGAUCAUGACCAUAUUACAAGAAACAUAGAAAAAGCUAAAAGUUUAAUAGAAGAGGGUGGUGAUUGGGACAGAAGAAAUCGUCUCAAAGUUUAUCAAGGAACAUAUUGUAUAGCAGUGCGUGACUUUAAAGAAGCUGCAAACUUUUUUUUGGAUACAAUUAGCACGUUUACAAGUUACGAGCUAAUGGAUUACAAUAUGUUUGUGAGGUACACAGUAUACUUAAGCAUGAUAAGUUUGCCCAGAAAUGAACUCAGGGAUAAAAUCAUCAAGGGCUCCGAAAUUUUAGAAGUACUUCACAGUAAUUCAGAUGUGAAAGAUUACUUGUUUUCUCUGUACAACUGUCACUACGCUGAUUUCUUCAAAAAUCUUGCACACGUUGAAGGCUUACUGCGCAGGGAUUAUUUAAUAUUCCCUCAUUACCGAUAUUAUGUUAGAGAAAUGCGAAUUCUGGCGUACACGCAACUUCUGGAAUCUUAUAGAUCUCUGACAUUACAAUACAUGGCAGAAGCAUUUGGUGUUACAGUAGAAUACGUUGAUCAGGAAAUAUCACGUUUUAUUGCAGCGGGAAGACUGCAUUGUAAAGUGGAUCGCGUCGGUGGAGUAGUCGAAACCAAUAGACCGGAUAGCAAAAAUUGGCAAUAUCAAGCUAUGGUCAAACAGGGAGAUUUGCUGCUCAAUAGGGUGCAAAAAUUAUCACGUGUUAUUAAUAUUUAAUUACAUAACAAAUAAAUCAUUAUGAUUCAGUAUCAAAUCACAGAAUCUACUUAUUUGCGUGCUUGGAAUUCUUUUAGACUAAUUUGUAACAUACUUAAUCUUAAUUUUGUAUCAAAGACCCUCAUUAUAAUUAUUAAAUUCUAUGGUAAAUAUACACAA